GUAACCAAUGUUAAUUUAACCAAGUAUCUAAUUUUUUGUUGGUUUUGAUAAUCGUGAAUAAACAUGUAUUUACUAGGCAGCCGAAUGUAUGUUAAAUGUACAAGAUGCCAUGUGGCUUUAUUUUUAAAAGACGCGCAACGGUGUCAGAGUUCUGCAGCACAUCUGGAACAGGAUGACUUUUUGAAAGGUGCUCCUCAUAGAAAGCACCCAGGUGUGAUAAACCUCAAAACAGUGCAUCUGCCGGAGCAACUGCAGGUAGCAGCACAAUCCAUCUUAAAAAGGGCAGAUGUAAAAAGUCUGAGUGAAAAGGCACAUAAGCUGUCCAACUUCCUUUGGAGCAGGAAACGGGCGACAGAAACCUCUCAACUUAGGGAGAAAGCCGUCCUUCUUGAGAAUAAAUUCUUGGAGCAAGUGAGGGAUAUCCAUACAGAUGGCAUUGACCACAAGCUAGAGGCUCAAAUAAGAAAGAGAGUAUUAUCUGAACUGAAAAGAACAACAUACCACAGGACUCCCCUAAGGUACGAUGAAGAUCUUGGGUUGGUGUAUAUGGCUGCUAGGCUCGCAGGUGGUUAUGCUGCUGUCCUCAGAGCAUUAAAUGAGAUUAAGAAAAGAGAUCCUGUGUUUGUGCCAUAUUCUCUCCUGGACUUUGGAUCAGGACUUGGAACAGGUACUUGGGCAUCACACACACUCUGGGGAGACUCUCUGAAAGAGUAUGUUUGUGUAGACAGCUCUGGAGACAUGAACACCUUGGCAGAACAGCUUCUUAGCGGGGGCAAUGAGGUUGAUAAUCCAGUGAUCAAACAAGUAUAUUUCCGUCAGUUCCUCCCUGUUUCUCCUAAGGUGCAGUUUGACCUUGUGAUAGCCGCUUUCUCUUUGUCAGAACUGGCCACUCUGGACGAGCGGGUGAACGUUAUUUUCACACUUUGGAGAAAAACCAACUCCUACCUUGUAUUGGUGGAGAAUGGAACCAAGGAUGGCCAUCAAAUGCUUAUGGAGGCCAGAGACACUAUACUAAAGAGAGAAGAGGAGGUAAAACAUGACUUGAGGAGACCAUCUGUAUUUGCCCCAUGCACUCACGAGCUGCCUUGUCCCAAGUUGAUCAAGCAACAUGUAGUACCUUGUAACUUCUCCCAGUUCUACUAUUCUCUGCCCUUAUCUAGGAGCCAAGAAAGGCAGCAGGAGAAGUUCAGUUACCUGAUUAUAUCCAGGUCCGAUGAGGAAAAGCCUCAGAAGACUGAGCACUGGGACAUGGCCAGACUGAUCUCACACGUCCGUCGCCGACCCAGACAUGUUCAGUGUCAGCUGUGUUGCGCCAAUGGAGAACUCAAACAGCUUGCUGUAACAGCCCGUUGUCAUGGAAAGGACAUGUACAGAUGUGCUCGUAGUAGUGAGUGGGGUGACCUGCUGCCAAUGUUUCAUGCAGAAGACGACGACACUAAAAAUGAUAAGACGCAAUGAAACCUACUAUGCUAAUCUAUUAAUGCAGUGUUUGUGGAUAACAGUUGGAUUUUUGUAAUGUUUAUUUCCA